CUGAGGCUGCGGCAGUGAUAACGGUUACAAAUCAAGUGAUUCUGAUAUAAACUAUGUGUUGCGUAUAUUUAAGUGUAUGCUUGUUGCAUUCUAAUAAAAAGUGAUAUUUACUAAACAAUUUUUAUUACAAAUACCUACGCCAGUAAAAGUCAAAGCUAACUUAAUAAUGGCGACGAACGCCGAAGGUCCUUGUGAAUCAAAAUUACCUACUGUAUUGAAUAUAGGGGGAAACUUAGCGACAAGCGAGGAAAAUGCUAGUGCGCCACAGGAUACACAACUACAGCAACAUGACUAUGAAGCUGUGCUUGAUAUGAUAGGUUUCGGUUGUGCGCAAUGGGUAAUACUGCUGGUGUGCGGCUUGCUUUUGAUGGUGGUUAUUGACGAAACAGUCGGCAUGAGCAUCAUAACGAUCGCUUCACAAUGCGAUUUUGCUACAUCUGCGAUUGAUAAGGCCAUAAUGAAUGCGUCUAGUUUUGCGGGAAUCGUAAUAUUUUCAUACGUUUGGGGAUACCUCAGCGAUACGGUGGGAAGACGAAGUAUAUUGCUCUAUUCUACCUCAGGUGCAAGUCUCAUAUCCGUUGUAUCCAUUUUUAUACCGAAUUACUGGGCUUUUGUGUUUAUGCGCUUUGUUGUCGGCGUUUUUAUUGCAGGCCCCUCCUCCACAACGUAUGCAUAUUUAGGAGAGUUUUUCACAAGACGCCAUUGUGCGAUUGUCGCCAACUAUGCCAGCCUAUUUGUGGGCUUAGGGAUGGCUUAUGUACCGGCAAUCGCUUGGCCGGUGCUUUUGAAGGAUUGGUCCCUACCGAUAAGCGAUAGUUUCGCUUUUCGUCCAUGGCGUCUAUUGACGCUCUUUAAUCUGUUACCGGGAUUUUUGGGAAUUGGAAUUUUGCUGCUACUGCCAGAUAGCCCCAAAGUACUGUUAUCUUUGGGUAAACAUGAUGAAGCUUUAUCAUCUGUUAAUUGGAUAUGUAAACGAAAUACCGGUAAAGAUUUAAAACAAAUCGGUGUAGAAAAAUUGAAGGCCGAAACAAAAUCGGAAGCCGAUAGAGUUUUUUUAACAAGCAAGUCGUGGUAUGAAACCGUUAAGAAUAUUUGGCUGGAAACUCGUCCGUUGUUCCACCGUCCAUAUGCUCUAAAUUUUUUGAUCUGUUGCACUGUUAUGGCCGGGAUGUUCUUCAGCUCCACCGGCAUGUCUCUUUGGUUUUCGGAGAUCCAAAACAGAGCUAACUCAAAUACAAAUGGAAAUCAUCUGACUAUUUGUGAAUUGAUUGAUCUUUCAAUACAGGACGAUGAAGCGAUAGCCAAUUCCACGCAGUCCUGCAGCGAUCACAUCAGCGACAAAAGUUAUAUUGAUUCGAUUUGUCUUGGACUAUGCUUUGUGGUGGGCUAUGCAUUGUUAGGCCCGGUAAUAAAUAUAUUUGGACGCAAAGCUACAAUUAUUGGAUCCUUACUUCUGAGUGCCGUAUGCUGCGUUCUUAUGCUAGUGUUGGUUAAUCCAAUGGCGAUCGUCAUAUGCUUUAUUCUAUUUGUCACUAUGCCAGGUAUCUGCAUAUCGCUAUUGGGCAGCGCAGUGGUUGGUCUGGUUCCUACACAUUUGCGUGGCAAAGCUGUUUGCAUUUGUUUCAUGCUUGGGCGUGCUGGGAGCAUCUUUGGUAGCAAUGUUAUCGGUGCGUUAUUAGCCUCUUACUGCAAUUUCACAUUUAGCUUCUUCGCUGGCUCCGUAAUUGUUUGUAUAUGCCUCACAAUGAUACUACCUAUAUGAGUACACUAAUUCUGACGAGUGUAAAAUAAAUCGAAAACUGUGGGCGUAGCUAUGCAACUACUUACAUAUAUUAAUAUAUGAAUAUAUGUGUGGAUGGAUGUACUUCAUCAGCAGCAGUUCAAAAUGUUAUCGUAAUAAUAAGUAUGUAUAUAAUUUACUUGUUUUAAAAGUUUAAUGACUCCUUGUUAGACUAGUUAUACAGGCUUGCGAUAGUUUUCCCUUAACAAACCAAUAAGCAAUUUAGGUAGGUACUAGGUACUAAGCUACGAAAAAAAU